ACCUAAUUCAUUCACUUUUAUACCUUGGAGCCUCGCGACUGCCUCAGAAUGAUAUAUAUGAGAGUACAAUGACCAAUAAAGCUUUGCGGCCAAAUGAGCCGUUCCUCAUCGCACAUUCCUCCCGCUACUACUCUUUCCCUCAUUAACCGAUGUGAUUAAUAUUCGCCGUAUCUUAGGUACGGAUUUCCCCGGUGCUUUUAUGAAUUAGUUGAUUAAUGCACACACUCACCCCAUCUCGUCUUUAAACCUGUAUCUGUAUCUCUACCUCCACGCAACAGUAUCAUCUUCCCCUUCUUUCCCUUCUUUCCCUUACUACUUCACAAAUCAUCCAAAUCAUGCCUCCUCGAAAGAGAGGCAAAGAUGCGACCGAAGAGAAAGUCGACGAACCCACCAGGAGAUCAACUAGGGCAUUGAAGAGAUUCGCUCCUAUACAUAAUGACUCCUCUUCGGAAGAACCAUCUUCAUCUUCUAAGGACCUAGCACUUCGAAGUCAUGAUCUAAAGCUUUCAGACACCGAGGAUGUUGGCGACGUGAUCAACGUUCGGGUUACCCGUUCCAAGUCACGUACGAGCAGCCGCCCGUCCACUGCCAAGAGUGAUGCCACCUCUCAAUCCCAAAAGAUAAGGAUUGUUGACGGCUCGUCUAAGAUAGGAGACACGGACACGGGCAUAUUUAAUGCCGUUGACAACGAAGACGGAGGUGAAUUCGCUCUCGAGGGUCCGGCUCCGAAGAAGAGCAGACCCAACGCCAGCGAGACGUCCUCCAGUGGCCGAAAGGGGAGGUCCAAGUAUGAUAAUGCUGAUGAGAUGCUCACAAAUCCUCGCGCACCUCUAGCAACUGCCAAGCUCCGACAACUACUCUGCAGCACACAAGCUUGGGACCUACUAAGUGCGGAGGAGAAGCAGCAAGUCCUAGCCAAGUUCCCGGACAGCAAGGAGAUCCUCGACGCCGGGACGGAGAACGCACGGCCGGACAUCGCUGCUCUCAGAAACAACAACAAUUUUCGCCACGACAUCGCGCGAUACCAGGACGACCUGAGCAAAGGCUGGCACGAUCCGGAGUGGAUCCGACAAGCCCAGGCCGCGCAUAGGAAGCGCGACGUCAGCUUUUACGACGAGUAUCUCUCGGCCCGCUUCGAGGAGGACUGGGGCAUAGAGGUACCUAAGGAGGAGGAGGAAGAGAAAGACCCGCAAGAUGCGGAGGAGGAGGAGGAACUGGAGGUAAAAAUACCGGAGAAAGCCGGUGAUGCGCAGGAAGAACGACAGGAACGAGAUGGCCUGGCGGAGAAGAACGGAGGGGACCAGGUAUCGGCUGCGACGAAAGGAGUGGAGGACACCAUUCGAGUGAAUGCAGGGGAACCCUCGGACAAGAAAGCAUCACCGGAGCAGGCUGGUACUGUUGAGGAAAAUGGAGAUGCUCAGAGAAGUCUUUGAAAGCGGCGAUAACGAUAUAACACGCACGGCCGCUGUGAUGAUUUUGGCGAGGAGCGGUAAUUGGACAUUAUGGGAAUGAGAUAUAGCAUGAAGUUUGGACGGCAGUUCUGAUAAUACUAGGCUGCCAGCAACAUACGUCUGUCUGCCUCACUGAGGUUCAAGCAUUGAUUUACAUAUGACCUGGGUAUCCUGCGUGCCUGUAGAAUACCAAGAAAUAUUUUAGGAUAUCGAGGUACGCAAGCAAAGCAGAGGAAACCUAUUUUUUAGGUACCUAAGGUGAACAUGAAGGAGGUCCCUACUGCGCGACUACACUAUAGAUAUCCCAAGAUAUCGUAUAAUCUCAUUAAAUUUCAUG